CGCUCCUCCCCCAAAAUGAUGUUACUACUAGAAGAAAGACGCGUGAUCCUCCGGGGCGAGCCCUCCCUCGGCCUGACGUCACUCGCCAGCAUAAAUAAGGGCUCCGUCUCAUCACCGAUCAUAAGAGAAACCCUCGGCGGACGGGUAACGGCGUUAAACGGACUAACUGGAAUUGUGACAUUUAACGGGAGGCUUUGCGGGAGCAGUCGCACGUUUGGAGUCAUGACUUUGAACAAAGGAGACAAGUUGAGGAACAUGGACAAGAGGAGAGGCAGCAUGCCGUUUCCCCUCCACCUGCAGAACCUGCACAGGAGGAGCAUGCCCGUGGACGACCGAGAGCUGCGCUCGAUGCCCGAGGCUCAGCCCAGCCUCCUGCGCUUCGGUCCGGCGGAGGAGCACAGGAACAGCUGCGUGUCCGACUCCUCCGACUCUGUCAUCUCGUCCGGCAGCGACUCCGAGGGACAGGUCUACAAGGUGGUGCUCCUGGGCGAGCACGGCGUCGGGAAGUCGAGUUUGGCCAGGAUAUUUGGAGGAGUUGAGGACAGCAACGACUGCGAGGAAACAGGAAACACAUAUGACAGAUCCCUUGUGGUCGAUGAUGAGGAGACGUCAAUACUUCUCUAUGAUAUAUGGGAACAGGAUAACAGCCAGUGGCUGAAAGAUCAGUGCAUGCGUAUGGGAGACGCCUACAUCAUCGUGUACUCGGUGACAGACAAGUCCAGCUUUGAGAAAGCUUCAGAGCUACGAAUCCAGCUUCGCAGAGCUCGGCAGUCUGAAAACAUCCCCAUCAUCCUGGUGGGAAACAAGAGUGACUUGGUGCGGUCCCGAGAAGUUUCUGUAGAUGAGGGCAGUGCCUGUGCCGUUGUGUUCGACUGCAAGUUCAUCGAGACCUCAGCCUCCCUGCACCACAACGUGCGCGACCUCUUCGAGGGCAUCGUCCGACAAAUCCGCCUGCGCAAGGACAGCAAGGAAGAAAACGCCCGCCGCAUGGCCAGCUGCAAGCGUCGGGAGAGCAUCAGCAAAAAGGCGCGCUUCCUGGGCCGCAUGGUGGCCCGGAAGAACAAGAAGAUGGCCUUCAGGCAGAAAUCCAAAUCCUGUCACGACCUGUCAGUGCUAUGAAAAACCGGACUAAUGUGCCCUCAGAUACCCACGACCAGAAGCUGUGUGUUUUUCAUCCUAAUAUGAGGACUAUUUAGUUGUACAGAUGAAUAUGAACUUGUUUUGUAAACUGAGAAGAGAUUAUAUAUGAAAGGAAGCUGACAAAAUCAAAUUGAUUAUGUUGACCGGCAUGAGGCUUUUUAUUGUCACGCUACUUUUUUUCUGUGUUUCGCUGCCUUAAUAUGU